GCGGCCAUGUUGGCGGGGCAGGAGAACCAGGAGAACGUUCCUCCAGGCGCCAAAGCGCCGCAGCCAGCCGCCGGCGGCACCCGCGUGGUGCUGGGGCUGCUGAGGAGCGCCCAGCAGCGGCCCGGGCUCCUGCCGCAGGCGGGGCGGCGCGGCGGCGAGAGCCAUGGCGCGGCGGCGGGGCGGCUGGGUGGUGGGCAGCAGCCCUUCGCCAUCCAUGUGGACGAGCCGGAUGGGGAGCAGCAGCAGCGGCGACGGGGUAGCCCGGCGACCCGAAAAGAAGAGACCUCGCUGGGUCUUCGUGCGGCUGUCUGCGCCCUCGGGGAGCGGCGGCCUCUGGCACCCCUGGGCAACGCCAUGGAGCUGAGCUUCGAUUCUCCAAGUAUUAUGGAUAUUUCAAUAACCUCAGAAGCAGAAGAGAAAAAAACAAAUGUUAAUAAUAUACCAGACUAUAUCAGCGAUAUCCAUGCAUACCUUAGAGAAAUGGAGGUGAAGUGCAAGCCUAGAAUGGGUUACAUGAAGAAGCAACCUGAUAUUACAAACAACAUGCGGGCCAUUCUUGUGGACUGGCUGGUGGAAGUUGGAGAAGAAUACAAAUUGCAGAAUGAAACCCUGCACUUAGCUGUAAAUUACAUUGAUAGGUUUCUUUCUUCCAUGUCUGUUUUGAGAGGAAAACUUCAGCUUGUGGGUACAGCGGCUAUGCUGCUUGCAUCGAAGUUUGAAGAAAUCUACCCUCCUGAAGUAGCGGAGUUUGUCUACAUCACAGAUGACACCUACACCAAGAAGCAGGUUCUAAGAAUGGAGCACUUAAUUUUGAAGGUUUUGUCAUUUGACUUGGCAGCUCCAACAAUCAUCCAGUUCCUCACUCAGUAUUUCCUACAUGAGCAGACAAAUCCUAAAGUGGAGAGCCUAUCAAUGUACCUUGGAGAGCUGAGUCUAAUUGAUGCUGAUCCUUACCUGAAAUACUUGCCAUCAGUUAUUGCUGCUGCAGCGUUUCAUCUAGCAGGCUAUACUAUCACUGGACAAACUUGGCCUGAAUCCUUGUGCAAAGUAACAGGCUACUCCCUCGAGGACAUCAAGCCUUGCCUCCUGGACCUACACAAGACCUACCUCAAAGCAGCACAGCACACACAACAGUCCAUAAGGGAAAAGUACAAGAGUACAAAGUACCAUGGAGUAUCGCUUAUUGACCCACCAGAGACACUAAACGUAUUGUAAUAAUCAAAAGACUGUUCUUACUAUGUAUAUUACAAGAAAAGAAUGUACAGUUUUAAAUAUGGCUCAAAAUUGCAGAUGUGAUCACUCGGAAUAUUAAUACAGGUUUUCAUGAGCCUUAACUAAAGUUAGCUUUACAUGUUUUUAAUGUAAAUCUUUUGUACAUGCAGUCUUGUUAAAAUAUUUAGCUGGGGUUUUAUACAAACAUUCCUUUCAAGCACAGAAUUAACCAUGCAAAGUCUGACCAAAUGAAGUCUGAGACAGCUUAUGUGAUUAUAGACUAAACAUUAAUAUUAGCAGUGCCUCAUAAGAGUAGGGCUUUGCCUCCUUCCAGGUAAGAAUGACUUGGACUCCACAGCAGUAUUUGUAGCUUUUUUUGUAUAGUGUCUAGUUUAAACUGAGACUUAGUAUAGGUUCCAGAACGUGGUUUAAUGGCUGUAAUACUGGAAGAAACUGUAUACCUACAAGGAGAAAACAUUGCUGGAAUUGACUCUGGUGAGACACUUUAGGAUGUGCUAGCCACUGGAAGUUUUUAUUGCUGUGUAAUGUAAUGUCAGAUUUCCAUCAGGUUAAAGUUUGAAUGCUUUGCUGGAGGGGACUGCACAGCUAGAACUGCUACAUCAGGUCAUACUUAUUUCUUCCAGUAGAAAAUGGUCUUGUAAUAGGUAUUUUUGAGUCAAACUGUAAAACUAAUAGUAAUUUAAACUCAUGGAGUUCCCACUGCUAUAUUAGCUGUCCUGAAAGCCCAUUAAUAUCUAUUAAAAUUAGUCAUUGGUCUGCUUACUGAGUGCCUCUUUAGGGGCAGUGGAGGGAUUAAACUGCAAGAGGGUGAAGUACUGCUCCAUGCCUUCAAGAGGAGGGGAUGUUCUGGUGUGGAUGGGCUGUGUAUGGAAUGGUACCAAUUCUGUACACUUCUCUUGCUUGGAAAGGAAUGUUCCCCUGUGGCAUGCAGCAAAAAUGUAGGCCAACUGGUCUUAUUUUUCCUUAGUUUUGGAACUGUUACAGGAGCAAACUAGCAUCUAAUUGGCAUUACAUCGAGUGGAUGUUCACCUUCAACCCAUGUAAAUGGAGUGGUGCUCCCCUGUACGUGCUGUUCUUUGUGUGUAAAGCAAUGAGUACAUGUAAGUGGGUUAACUGAGCCACUUCCAGGUUUCCUAAUAAACCUUUUUUUACAUAUGA